GAAAUAUAACGUAGAGAGGUGAAAGUUCACAAAAGGAGAGAAUGUAGUUGAAUAACAGCGUUGCCUGUAUGUUAUGAUCUGACGUAUGCUGCGAUUUAUCAAGAAUCACAAAAGAUCUUAUGAUAUUUAUUUAACGUUCAAGAAAUAAAAAUGGCUGCAUCGCUCUUGCAGUUGAAUGUUAAAUCUUAUAGAAGCAUUACGAGUAGCUCAGUUUGGUGUAUUUCAUCCCGGUACAAAAACCCCACUUUGCGAAACAGCAGAAAACUUCAUUUGUCUUCUCAUAAUGUUAUGAGUAUCAUAAAGAAUGAAAACCCCUGUGUUAACUGUAAACUCCAGAGGAGCUCAGAGUUUCUGUCGUCUUUUUCCAAGGAACAGCUUCGGCAUCUCAACACAGGGAUUUUAAAGAAUAUCCUCCACAGACCUCUCAGUCCAAGGCUGCAAGGGUUACCCAAAAUCUUAUUUAGAAAGCAUUUAGUGAAGAACCCAGUUGGACUCUGGAAUAUUUUAGGAGCAACAAGUCAUUUCAGCACUUCCCAGUUCAGACAAGAUAAAAACAGGCAUGAUGGAGCCAAAGGGAAAAGCCCAGAGGAGGACGAAGAGGAGAAGAAGCGCCGGGAGCGCGAGGACCAGAUGUACCGGGAGCGCCUGCGCACCCUCUUCAUCAUCGCUGUCAUCAUGAGCCUGCUGAACUCCAUCAACAGCAGCGGGGGCAACAUCUCCUGGAACGACUUCGUGCACGAGAUGCUGGCCAAGGGGGAGGUGUCCAGGGUGCAGGUGGUGCCGGAGAGCGACAUCGUGGAGAUCUACUUGCACCCCGGAGCCGUCGUCUUCGGCAGGCCGAGACUGGCCCUGAUGUACCGGAUGCAGGUGGCCAACAUCGACAAGUUUGAGGAGAAGCUCCGAGCCGCAGAGGAGGAGCUCAACAUUGACGCAAAGGACAGGAUCCCUGUUUCCUACAAGCGCACAGGAUUCUUUGGAAAUGCUCUGUUCGCCCUCGGCAUGGCGGUCGUAGGGGUGGCGAUUCUUUGGUACAUUUUCCGUCUGGCAGGGAUGGCAGGAAGAGAAGGUGGAUUCAGUGCCUUUAACCAGCUGAAGAUGGCUCGCUUCACAAUUGUAGAUGGCAAGUCUGGUAAAGGCGUCAGUUUCAAAGACGUGGCAGGAAUGCAUGAGGCUAAGAUGGAGGUGAAGGAGUUUGUGGAUUAUCUCAAGAACCCAGAUCGGUACCUCCAGCUUGGGGCCAAGGUGCCGAAAGGCUCCCUCCUGCUGGGGCCGCCAGGCUGUGGCAAGACUCUGCUGGCCAAGGCCGUCGCCACGGAGGCCCAGGUGCCCUUCCUAGCCAUCGCGGGGUCGGAGUUCGUGGAGGUCAUCGGGGGACUGGGAGCUGCCCGGGUGCGAAGCUUAUUCAAAGAGGCGCGCACCCGCGCCCCCUGCAUUGUGUACAUCGACGAGAUCGACGCCGUGGGCAAGAAACGCUCCACGAAUAUGUCCGGCUUCUCCAAUACUGAGGAGGAGCAGACCCUGAACCAGCUGCUGGUGGAGAUGGAUGGAAUGGGGACCACAGACCAUGUGAUUGUUCUAGCCUCCACAAACCGAGCAGAUAUUUUAGAUAAUGCUCUCAUGAGACCAGGACGGCUCGACAGGCAUAUAUUCAUUGAUCUCCCCACAUUACAGGAGAGGAGAGAGAUUUUUGAACAGCAUCUGAAGAUCCUGAAGCUCACACAGCCAGCUAGCUUUUAUUCGCAGCGAUUAGCUGAGCUGACUCCCGGAUUCAGCGGAGCUGACAUUGCAAACAUCUGUAACGAGGCAGCCCUGCAUGCAGCACGAGAGGGCUACAAAUCCAUCGACACCUUCAGCUUCGAGUACGCAGUGGAGAGAGUCAUCGCGGGAAGUGUUAAGAAGAGCAAGAUCCUGUCUAAAGAGGAGCAGAAGGUUGUAGCUUUCCAUGAGUCAGGUCAUGCCCUGGUAGGCUGGCUGCUGGAGCACACAGAGGCUGUCAUGAAGGUGUCCAUCGCACCCCGCACCAAUGCUGCUUUAGGGUUUGCCCAGAUCUUGCCCCGUGAGCAGUUUCUCUUCACCAAGGAGCAGCUGUCUGAGAGGAUGUGCAUGGCGCUGGGUGGACGGGUGUCCGAGGCCAUCACCUUUAAUAAGGUCACCACAGGUGCCCAGGAUGACCUACGAAAGGUGACCCGGGUGGCCUACUCCAUGGUGAAGCAGUAUGGCAUGGUGCCCAGUGUGGGCCAGGUCUCCUUCCCUGAGACUGAGGAAGAGGGGGCUGUCGGCCGUAGACCCUUCAGCCAGGGUCUGCAGGAGCAGAUGGACCAUGAAGCCAAGAUGCUAGUAGCCCGUGCAUACAGGAAGACGGAGAAGCUGCUUCUUGACAACAGAGAUAAACUGAUCAUGCUCGCCAACGCACUGCUGGAGAGGGAGGUGGUGAACUACGAUGACAUUGAGGCUUUGCUCGGUCCCCCGCCCCAUGGGCCCAAGAAGAUGAUCGCCCCGCAGAGCUGGAUCGAGGCGGAGAAAGACAAGCAGGACACUGGCGAAGAGGAGCCGCGCAAGAGGAGACGGCCUGCCCGCAAGGAAGAGGAGCACAACCUGGGGCCUGUCUGAGCUCCCACCCUUCAGCACUCUCGCUUUCUGAAACCUACCUGGUGCACUCAGGCUCCUGUCGGCUCUGCACCUCUUUCACGCACUUUUGAAGCUGGUGGAAACUAGGAGUUUGAAAACCCCUUCGGAAACGGGCUGCAUCAGAUACUCCUGUUCCCGUGUGUCAACUCCUGUCCCUCUGUUGACUUUUUUGUUCACUUAUAAAGCAGUUAAUACCUUCACAAACCAUGCUGCUUUAGUCUGUGAUAUCUAGAUGCAUAAAGAGGUUCACUUUUUGGCACUUAAUUUUAUGCCCAUCGAGAUUUUGCCUCUGUGACUUGAUUGCCACCAUAUUAUUAUUCUUACCAUACAGUCUCUUAGGCUUGGAUAUCCCAGGCUUAUUUAUUAAAUGAAUUCCUCUUAGUUGAGGUUCCCUCAACUGUAUGAAUAUUAUCCAGUGUAUGGAUUGUAGAGUUGUUAAAGAUCAGUUGGAGAUACUACUGACAUGUCUUGCAAUUUAGUUAGCGGAACUCUGGAAGUCGGAUGCAGAUGUUCUCCUUUGUUUUGAAUCAACUUGAGGGACAUCUGGAAAAAAAAACCUUUAUAAUACAACCUCGGUUAUUUUAAGAAUCAAAAAGAAAAGGGUGUAAAGAUUCAUUCUAGUUGGUUUGUAUAUUCCACUGUGGCAAGGUGCAGGUGGAAGUGUUUGCUGUGUUGGAGAAUCCUCACAAUAAAGAGACUUUAAAGUCAA